ACCCAAGAUAGAAAAAAAGCUUACUACUUUCUUCCUUCCAUUUCCUCUUCUCCCAAAGGCUCUCACCAUCCAACCCUAGACAGGGAAGAAGGAGAAAGAACCUCGAAGUUGUGCUGCCAUGCCGACGAUGGUAAGCUCUGCGAGUGGCCUUCUGGCGAUGCUGAACGAGCAGCACCCGUUGUUGAAGCUCCACGCCCUCUCCAAUCUCAACGCCUUUGUUGACUACUUCUGGCCCGAGAUUUCCACUAGCGUUCCCAUCAUUGAAAGUUUGUAUGAAGAUGAAGAAUUUGAUCAGAGGCAACUUGCUGCGUUACUUGUGUCAAAGGUUUUCUACUAUCUGGGUGAACUUAAUGACUCUUUAUCGUACGCCCUAGGGGCUGGACCUCUAUUUGAUGUUUCAGAGGAUUCUGAUUAUGUUCACACUCUUCUUGCUAAAGCUAUAGAUGAAUAUGCCAGUCUGAAGUCUAAAGCAGCAGAAUCAAAUGAAGAAGCAGCAAAGGUGGAUCCCAGACUGGAGGCUAUUGUGGAGAGGAUGCUUGAUAAGUGCAUCCUGGAUGGAAAGUAUCAGCAAGCUAUGGGCAUAGCGGUUGAGUGCCGAAGAUUGGAUAAACUUGAGGAAGCAAUCACUAAGAGUGAUAGUGUGCAGGGAACUCUUUCCUACUGUAUCAAUAUAUCCCAUUCCUUCAUUAACCGCAGAGAAUAUCGCCAUGAGGUUCUUCGUCUACUUGUUGAGAUAUAUCAAAAGUUGCCUUCUCCCGAUUACUUGAGUAUUUGCCAGUGCCUCAUGUUCUUGGAUGAACCUGAAGGUGUAGCAAGCAUAUUAGAGAAGCUUCUGCGAUCUGCAAAUAAGGAUGAAGCUUUGCUGGCUUUUCAGAUUGCAUUUGAUCUUGUAGAAAAUGAACACCAAGCUUUUCUGUUGAAUGUGAGAGAUCGUCUCUCUCUUCCGAAAUCUCAACCUUCAGAUGCAGUGCAGCAUGGAUCUAGUGGAACAGAUUCUGCUCAAAAUGGAAGUGCUGUUGUUGGCAAUGAAAAUCUUACUACGGCAUCAGAGGAUGUUAAUAUGACAGAUGAAACUCAUGCCCCUAAUGGUAAUGCACGUGAAAUAGAUUCAACUGAAGUGACUUAUGCUGAGAGGUUGGCUAAAAUUAAGGGUAUUUUGUCUGGAGAGACAUCGAUACAGUUGACAUUGCAGUUCUUAUACAGCCAUAACAAGUCAGAUCUUUUGAUUCUGAAGACGAUAAAGCAAUCAGUUGAGAUGAGAAAUAGUGUUUGCCACAGUGCAACGAUUUAUGCCAAUGCAAUUAUGCAUGCUGGAACCACUGUAGAUACGUUUCUCAGGGAGAAUCUGGACUGGCUAAGCAGAGCUACGAACUGGGCAAAAUUUAGUGCUACUGCUGGGCUUGGCGUCAUUCACAGAGGCCACCUGCAGCAAGGGAGAUCGCUAAUGGCACCUUACUUGCCUCAGGGUGGUGCCGCUGGGGGUGGUAGUCCAUACUCUGAAGGUGGUGCACUUUAUGCUCUAGGUCUGAUCCAUGCCAACCAUGGUGAGGGUAUCAAACAAUUCCUUCGUGAUAGCCUGCGCAGUACCAAUGUUGAGGUCAUCCAGCAUGGUGCAUGCUUAGGUCUUGGUUUGGCAGCUUUAGGAACAGCAGAUGAAGAGAUCUAUGAUGAUGUCAAGAAUUUUCUUUACACUGACAGUGCUGUGGCUGGUGAGGCUGCAGGCAUCGGUAUGGGUUUACUUAUGGUUGGAACUGCAAGCGAGAAAGCAAGUGAGAUGCUUACCUAUGCACAUGAGACACAGCAUGAGAAGAUUAUUAGGGGGUUAGCACUGGGAAUUGCCCUUACAGUAUAUGGAAGGGAAGAAGAAGCAGACACACUGAUUGAGCAAAUGACUCGGGAUCAAGAUCCUAUAUUGCGUUAUGGUGGUAUGUAUGCUUUGGCACUGGCCUAUGGGGGAACAGCAAAUAACAAGGCCAUUCGCCAGUUGCUGCAUUUUGCUGUAUCAGAUGUUAGUGAUGAUGUGAGGAGGACUGCUGUUCUAGCUCUUGGGUUUGUUCUGUACUCCGAACCUGAGCAGACUCCACGAAUUGUUUCUCUGCUUUCAGAGUCUUACAAUCCACAUGUUCGAUAUGGUGCGGCACUGGCUGUAGGCAUUUCUUGUGCCGGUACUGGUCUCAGUGAGGCCAUAUCCUUACUAGAGCCUCUUACAUCAGAUGUUGUUGAUUUUGUUCGCCAGGGGGCACUCAUUGCUAUGGCUAUGGUUAUGGUUCAGUCCAGUGAAGCUAGUGAUUCUCGUGUAGGAACAUUCAGGCGGCAAUUGGAGAAAAUAAUUCUUGACAAGCAUGAGGACACAAUGAGCAAGAUGGGAGCAAUCCUUGCUUCUGGAAUUCUUGAUGCUGGUGGAAGAAAUGUGACCAUUAGGCUGCUUUCUAAAACAAAGCAUGAUAAAGUCACUGCAGUAGUUGGGCUUGCUGUCUUUAGCCAGUUUUGGUAUUGGUAUCCCCUUAUCUAUUUCAUAAGCUUGUCAUUCUCCCCCACAGCAUUAAUUGGACUUAACUCUGAUCUGAAAGUUCCAAGGUUUGAGUUCUUGUCACAUGCAAAACCUUCCCUGUUUGAAUAUCCUCGACCAACUACUGUGCCCACGACAACAUCAGCAGUUAAACUCCCGACUGCAGUACUGUCAACAUCUGCAAAGGCCAAGGCUAGGGCUAAAAAAGAGGCAGACCAGAAGGCUAAUGCUGAAAAGUCAUCAGGGGAAGAGUCUUCUUCUAAAGGCAAAUCAUCCAGUGAGAAGGAUGGGGACUCCAUGCAGGUUGACAGCACAUCAGAAAAGAAAGCAGAGCCGGAACCAUCUUUUGAGAUUUUGACAAACCCAGCUAGAGUGGUUCCUGCUCAAGAGAAGUUCAUCAGGUUCCUGGAAGAAAGCAGAUAUGUGCCUGUGAAAUUGGCCCCUUCAGGAUUUGUUCUCUUAAGGGACCUAAGGCCAACUGAACCAGAGAUACUUUCUCUCACCGACACACCCUCGUCUAUGGCAUCACCUGCAGGAGGAUCAACUACAGCUCAGCAGGGGUCAGCGUCUGCAAUGUCUGUUGACGAUGAACCUCAACCGCCUCAGCCCUUUGAGUACACAGCAUAAUUGUGAUCUUGAUUCCAAGUAUUAAGGGGAGUAAAGAUGUUCUCGGUACCUAUCUGGCGGUGCUUUUAGUGGAAAAGGGAAAUUAACAUAUGCAAGCAAAGGGCUACUCUUUUCCUUCAAUUAUGACAAGAGGAGGAUGGCCCCUUCUAGCCAGAAGUAUCAAAAUUCAAAAGCUUCUCAUGUGAAGCUUCUGCUGUGUCUUUUCUUUCUUAAUCUUAUGUGGAAGUGAGAGGUUUGGGGGAGAUGGAGGUCAGGAGGUCACUCUACAUACUGUUCUACUUAAAGUGAAUAGGAAUAGCAUUUACCAUGGACGGCUAGGGAGUAUCCAUUACUGAAGAUUUGCUUGUGUGUAAGAUCCAACGUUCACAAGACUAUAAUCCUCCGAAUGGGGUGAGACUGCACCAUUUGGACCAAAUGAAAGCCAUGUGGACUUCAAAUUUCUUCAUCGAAUUUAAUACGAUAUUUGGGCAGUUGAGAUUGACCCUUCAUCUA